CUUCUUCACGUUUUGUUUUAAGUUUACCGGAUUUGUCUUUUAUUAGGAUUUCCGUUUCCAUCAUGUCGAUUUGCGUGAACGUGGCGUAAAUUUUCCGCUGGUGCUCUCUAUUCGCAUGUUUUUAUGUCAUCGGUCUACUCGCUUCGACGCAGCUCGGUAAAUAUUACUGAAUUGGUUCCGAAUGAACUGAAUCCCGGACGCGCUUGUUGAAAAAGAGGCGCGUUUGUCGUCGAGACGUCGUGAAGUUUGAGCCUCCAAAGUCCAGAGAUAAUGUGCGAAAGAAGGACAGCAGCAGACUACGAGGAGGAUCUUUGUCGACCAAAAGAGGCUAAUGAGCGACAACGUCAAAUAAUGGACGCUGUUUACAAAAAGCCUCGAGUUGGCUUACACCCUCCAGACCACAGUAAAAUAUAUUUUCACCCUGAGCAGCAGGGGCUGGAGCCUUCACAGAUUAAAGAAGAAGACGAGCCAGUGCUUCCUUACAUUAAAGAGGAGGAGGAACUCCUUUAUAUCGAUGAGGCUGAAAAAGAGCCCGCGGACUUUGAGGAGAAAGGGGAUUUUGCCACGUGGCCAUCGAUUGUUGUCCUUUUGAAGGGUGAAGAUGAAGGGCAAAGUGAGAGAGGAGUGGCGUCUCCAAGCAGCAGCACAAGUCAGCACGUGACAACAGAAGGUGAUGGAGGACCACAAGCAGAUGGUCUCAUAGCGCCACUAUCAGAUACGGACGACGUGUCACGCUCUCCUCACACUGACGACGAUGAACUGUCUGAAGGGGAUAUGACGCGCCUCACUGACGGCAAACGUUGGAAAUGCUCUCAUUGUAGGAAAACCUUUGUCUACAAGUCUCUUUUGAAAAAGCACAUCAUGACACACACUGGAGUGAAGCCUUUCCCUUGUUCUGUUUGUGACCAAACAUUCGCUCAAGAGGGACAUUUAAGGAGACACGCGAGAAGACACACAGGAGAGAAACCAUUUGUUUGCACAGUUUGUGGGAAAAGAUUUGCUCGAAGAGGCAUUUUGACAACACACAUGCGAACGCACACUGGCGAGAAACCUUUUGUCUGCUCGGUUUGCGGUCAAAGAUUCUCUGAAAAGGGAAGCCUGAAAAGUCACACAAGAACACACACUGGUGAUAAACCCUUUUCCUGCUCAGUUUGCGGGAAAAGAUUUAUUCAGAAGAGUCAUUUACGUGUUCACAGUAGAACACACACAGGUGAGGAGCCUUUUUCCUGCUCAGUUUGUGGGAAAAGAUUUUCUCAGAAGGGACAUUUAAGUGUUCACAGGAGAACACACACCGGUGAGAAACCUUUUGCCUGCUCUGUAUGUGGCCAAAGAUUUUCUGUCAACGGAUAUUUAAAAGCACAUGCAAGAAUCCAUACUGGUGAGAAACCUUUCGCUUGCUCAGUUUGUGGCCAAAGAUUUUCUACAAAAGCAUAUUUUAAAAUACACACAAAAACCCACACUGAUGGGAAUCCUUUUGCUUGCUCAGUUUGUGGCCAAAGAUUCAUUGCGAAGGGGUAUUUAAAAAUACACAUGAGAAUACACACUGGAGAGAAACCCUUUCCCUGCUCUGAGUGUAGUAAAAGCUUCUCUACAAAGGAUCAAUUAAAAUCUCAUGCAAGAACACACACUGGAGAAAAACCUUUUGCCUGCUCAGUUUGCGGGAAAACAUUUUCUCUGAAGGGGAACUUAAAAAGUCAUACUAGAACACACACUGGUGAAAAACCUUUUGCAUGCUCAAUUUGUGGCAAUAGAUUCUCUGCAAAGGGAAACCUAAACACACAUACAAGAAUACAUACUGGAGAUAAACCUUUUGCUUGCUGAAUUAAAAAUAAAAUUGAAUUAUAAGGAUCAGGCUAAGUGUGCUGGUGAGAAUAGAAUAAUUGUGAUUAAGAUUUGAAUGAAAAUUGCUUUGGCAGUAGUUUGAAAUUAUCUACCUGUUUAGAAAUUUCCAUCUACUUUGUUGUAUUUGUCAUGUAUUCUCUAUAACUUCUUAAAAGCAGCCUGUGGAGGAGUGUUGAGGAUUAGUGAUUAUGAUAAAACAAACCAUUUCUGUUCAUAUCAAAUAUGUAAAUCAUUGAUAGAAACGUGAACAAUUUAGGGCAAGAUGGAAAGUUGUCAUUCAGAAUAAAAUUCAAUGGGACCUUGGUUGUGUUAAUUUACUUUUUUUUUCAUUAAUUUGAGUUAACUCAAGAUGUGGAAUGUGGAUGUGGCUUUGUCCUUUAUUGUUGGGAUUGAUGAAAAGCCAAUCAAAACGCAAAUGCAUUUUUAAAAACUUAAAUGUAUUCAAAAAUCCAUUUCAUUUCAUUGUUUGUCACAUUAUUAACUUUGUACCCAAAUUUAAAAAGUUAUCUUUUUUUUUUUUUUCCGUUCCUUGAUUAAGACGGUGACUGAGGUCCACACCUCACUCCCCACAGUUUAAGGUAUACACUUGAGGUUCUUAAACCUAUGGUCCAGUGCAGCAGCAUUCAUCAGAUAUGCAAUAUUGUCAUUUUCCUUGCGUGCCUGUAAGUCUUUUUUGAAUGCAGACUCGAACAAGGGCACAUCUGCAGGGUCAUCAUCUGACCUUUCUG